UUAAUUCCCUUCCAAUUCACCUAAUAUGCGUGCAUAAGCUUCUCUUCUACUAAUAAGCUCUAAGCUCUGCAUAGCAAUAGGCUAUGAGACAGAACAUGUCUAAUCCGAGCGAUUGGGGCCAGUUCUAUAAUCAUCAACACAACCACACUAUGUUCAGCGACGGAGUCUCUGAUGCCACCGUUGUCACGACUACUAUAACGUCAAGUACGAGCCCAACCCUGUUGGGUUCAGGUAGCUCUGGCUCCGGCUCACCAACCGCAGCUCAUUUGAGUCCGGAAGGUCGUGUUGCGAAGCCGGUGCGAAGACGAUCCAGAGCGUCUAGAAGAACCCCAACAACCUUACUCAAUACAGAUACUACAAAUUUCAGGGCUAUGGUACAGCAAUUUACUGGAGGACCUAGUGCACCUUUUUCUUCAUCAGGAUCUCAUCUCACCACGUCUUCGUUUAAUUUUGGUAUGAAUCCACGUCAGGUUCAUGUUAAUCCUAUGGUUCCUGCUGCAGGGUAUCAUAAUCUUCAAUAUCAGCAGCAAAACCAACCUUCAUAUUUGUUUUCAUUAGGGAAUAACAGUCCUGGAAAUGGUGACUUGUUUUUUCAAAGGCUUGGAAACCCUAGACCAACAGGGAUGGAUGUUUCAUCAGAUGGGUUGGUGAUGGAUGGAGUUUCCGCCCAACAGGUGGCGGCUCCGCCUACUAGGCCACCGCCUUCUUCCUCUAAUGAGAAUAGAAGCAAUACUUUCUUGUUUUGAAAGAGACGCAUAAGAAACAAAGUUAGGCACUGACUUGUCUAAAAGGAGAACCAUUGACCAAUGUAAAUAUAGUGUUACUUACACCUUGAUAGCGAAUUGUUUUUUUCUUUUUUGGAUAGUUGUCCAAUGUGGCUAAUUACUAAGCUGCCACAUUUUAUUUUUCAUUUUUAAUUUUUCUAUCUGCCCUUUUGCUCGGAAUAUUCUAGUAAUUUUUAUUUGUUUCUUUUAUCCAUCCAUCUUGGGUUUGUUUUCAAAAACCAUGGGCCAAGAUGUUAGCUCCUUUAGGCCUCCAUAUAAUAAUAAUAAUAAUAAUAAUAAUAAUAUUUAUUA